AUGGCCACACAUGAGGUGGAGCGACUCCGGGAACAGCUCGAGUCCCUUCAACGAUCUCAUGAUACCUUGCUAAAGAGCUUGUCCGUUGUUCCGGGAGGCCCGUUUGCGCCGCCAGAAACACCAACCUUCCAGCGACAGGCGACCCGAGACCGGCCCAGCCUUGCGUUUGCAGAUGCUUCAACACUAUCCGAUGAUUCCGAUGAGGAGGAUGAAUCGUAUUUCGUUCGGGAGGAAUUACCGUCAAAAUCCUUCGACCACGAACAUCUGAGGGAACACCUGAAGAACCACGACUGGAAAGAACAUGGGAGGGAAAUCUUGGCGCCAAUCAUCACGGAUCCUGGCAAGCUCUCAAAGCAACCUCAUCUAUUCCACCUUGGUCCUGGAACCCCGGACGACCGCUCCCAGUACUCACAUUUCCAGGUCUAUGAUGUUGGUCCGGAUGGCGUCGCCGAGCUCAUCGAGACGAGUGGUAGUCAUAGUACAAACACUAUGUCCAGAGCUUCCGAAAUAUGGCACUGCAUCAGGAAUAUCGGCAACAGCACCGACAAGUCCACUGUGGGUCGCAUAACAAUCGCACGCGAACCAGCGCCAAUCUUGUUCGGAGCGCUGCAUCUGACAUUGAAUGACACUUUCGAUAUGGAUGAGCUGUUCCGGCACCUAGUACAGACCGAAGCCUCCUCAGCCCACAUGCAUCGCGCAUUUAGCGAGGAUCGAAAACACCAAAAGACGUUCUUUUUCACCUUUGAGUAUUACACCAUUCUUGGUGAAGACUGCAAACCGAUGGAUUGGCAACGUGCCGACAAAACCGACGAUCCCAAGGGCUCGCAUUUACCGCUAUCGCGGUGCGGUGCAGUCGUAGCCCUAGCGCUAUAUGACGACAAGCCACGAAGGAUCGGAAACAGAAGUCGACGUGCGAAAACGCAGUAUGGUUGGGUACAAGACAUUUGGUCACCAUGGCAGGUAAUUUUGCUGGAAUGCUUCCCUGACUGGAAAGCUACACCGGAUACAUUUGAAUCAGGGAAUCGCUUUUUGAACGGUCCAGAAGCUUUUCUACAUGCGCUGCUAGCAGAAUAUCGCGAUGCAAGGAAGCGAUACGAGGAAAUCUACAAGAGGAUCACAGAUCUGAUCACACCUGCGUUGGGCUUUCUCUUCGAUGCCGAGCUGCGUGAUCAGCGUCUGUUCGAGGAUAGGAAGUUCACAUGGACGCGCAGAUACUUUUACGCUCACCAAACACUGGGGAACGUCAAUGACAGCAUCAAGUCAAUGAUUGAUGCUUUCGAGGAUACAUUCACCGAUGAGGUAUGGGAAGGAAAGAGUAAAACUUUGUGGCCUCUCCGGGAAGAAUCACCGCGGAACGAUCACUGGAAGCGAAGAUUACGCACCCUGCGGCUUUCCUUUGAACGCGAGAUGAAGGAACUUCGGACCCUACAACGCGAGAACAACGAAAGACGGCAGGAAGUCAAGUCCCUCCAAGACCAUCUCUUCUCCGGCACCAGUAUACAAGAAUCCAGGAAAUCCGUUGAGCUUUCGGACAUCACGGUGCAGCAAGGUCGCAACAUCAAGCUGUUAACGAUCGUGAACUUGUUUUUCAUGCCCCUUACAUUUGUGACGUCUGUCUUCGGCAUGACCAACAUGCCCGCCGACCCAGCCCCAUACUGGCACUUCGCCAUCACCCUCGUCGCAGUCUGCAUUCCUUUUUUCAGCCUCAUCGGCUUCCUUUCCACCGACUUCGGCUACCGCAUCUGGGCCGAGAAAACAAAGCAACUGUAUCGCUGGCUCAAGCCCAAAAAGAAGCGCACGGAAUCCGCAGAUGAGGACGACUUCGUGCCAAACCCUGUGAACAGGACGGUGUCGACGGAAGAGGGGAUGAGGUUGCGCAUGGGCUUGGAGAAGGGUGCGGCGCAUGCGAAGAGGGAGAGGAGGGGAACGUCUGGGAGUGAGAGGGAGAGUUCGAGUCAUCCGCAUAUUAGGAAGAUGGUGGAGGCCAUGGGGGAGGGGAGGCAGAGUGGGUUGGUGAGGAUGGGGACGGUGACGGGGAGUGAAGCCAAGGGUACGGAGGGGAAGAGGGAGAGCAAUGCUACUAUUGUGGAUAUCAAGGAUGCAUGA